CCUUUUGCAAAGAGCCUGAAGAAUUCCCCCUCCCUGACCUCUUCCCUUUUGGUAUGGUUGCUGCUGGUUUCCCUUUAGCUGGAAUCUCUCUGCUGAGCAGGGGAGGGGAAUGACAUCAGAGGCAAGGGGGUGUGGGGGGGUGCCCCAUUCCCCAAUUGGCCACCAAGCACAAACCAUGGGCCUAUAAAACUUGCCAAGGGACUAGCAUCCUCCAAUGAGACCGUGGCUCCACAGAUUACCCUAGCUGCCGAGAAGGGACCACAGGAGACCCGCAGCCUUGCUCACUCCUGCACUGAACAGCUGCAGCCUCUAAGCCAUCAGGGCACACAUUAGCUAAAGGCCCUGCCGCUCUGCUCUAACGCUAACCGAGCCCAGCAUGACUUCUGCCAGGAGCUUGCAUGUGAACACGCCCCUGAGGGACAGCGUCCCGCUCUCCAAGGUGGCUGGCACCAACGUCUACCUGAAGCUGGACAAUGCUCAGCCCACGGGCUCCUUUAAAAUCCGGGGCAUCGGCCACCUCUGUAAAAUGUGGGCGGAGAGAGGCUGCGAGCGCUUCGUAUGCUCCUCAGGUGGCAAUGCUGGCCUGGCAGCUGCCUACUCUGCCAGGAAACUGGGCAUCCCAGCCACCAUCCUUGUGCCCACGUCCACGCCAGCUUUCACCAUCGAGCGGCUGAAGGACGAAGGGGCCACUGUCUGCAUUGUGGGAGAGAUGCUGGAUGAGACCAUAGAACAAGCCAAGGAGCUGGUGAAGAACAACCCUGGCUGGGUCUAUGUGCCCCCUUUCGAUGAUCCCCUCAUCUGGGAAGGCCACACGUCCAUAGUGAAGGAGCUGAAGGAAGACUUGGACUCCAAGCCUGGGGCGCUGGCCCUGUCUGUGGGAGGCGGCGGGAUGCUGUGCGGAGUGGUCCAGGGCCUCCGGGAGGCAGGCUGGGAGGAUGUGCCCAUUGUUGCCAUGGAGACCAAAGGGGCGCACAGCCUGAAUGCGGCCAUGGCUGCUGGGCAGCUGGUGACGCUGCCAGAAAUCACCAGCGUCGCAAAGACCCUGGGGGCAAAGACGGUGGGAGCGGAGACACUGAAGCUGGCCCGAGAGCACCCAGUCUUCUCAGAGGUCGUCACGGACCAGGAGGCAGUCAUGGCCAUCGAAAAGUUUGUGGACGAUGAGAAGAUCCUGGUGGAGCCGGCCUGCGGGGCGGCGCUGGCUGCCGUCUACAGCGGCGUGGUGCAGAGGCUGCAGGCGGAGGGGAAACUGGGCCGUGCCCUGGGCUCCCUGGUGAUCAUCGUGUGCGGGGGCAACAACAUCACGUUGGCCCAGCUGCAGCGCCUCAAGGAGCAGUUGGGCAUCCAGAACGUCAUGGCGGCCUAGGCUGGCAGGGCACCACAUGGGGGGGGAGGGGCGGGGGAGGGACGGGAGCUCUGGAGUUUUAUCCAGGGCCUUAUUUUAAGCGUGGGAUGCUGGUUUUAACAGUCAGCACAUUGGCAACGAUGUUCGUUUCUAACUUGUGGUCACGUCACGUCGCCUCGCCUCGAGCGCUGGAGCACAUGGGCGGAGGCUAAACCUAGGGCUCCCAACCUGCCUACAACUUCCAGGCAGGGGUUCGUCCCCAGCCUCUUAGCAGGAAGGAAUCUCCCCCAAGGCCCACACCUCCGCACACUGCUGUGCAUUAUUAUCAACAUCUGUUCCAGUAGCCCCUCCAGGCCUGCUCGGAGAUCAGGGCCCCGUUGUGGCAGGCACUGCCCAGACACGUAGCGAGAGACAGACCCUGCUCCCAAAGAGCUGGCAAUCUAGCCCGACAAAGGACGGGAAAGAGGCCCGGAGAGAGGAAGUGAUUUUGCCCAAGGUCACCCGGCUGAGUCAGGAAUAAACCCAGGUCUCCUAGCUCCUUCUCCACUUCCCUGACCACCAGGCCAUGCUGGGUAACUGACUCACCUUCUGCAACACCGGGGCAUGUUUAGUCUGAAGAAGACUUGGGGGGAGUCGGGGACCUGAUCGCAGUCUUCAGAUAUGUUAUAAAGAGGCUGUGAUCACUGUUCUCCGUGUCCACUGGCAGUAGGACAAGAAGAACGGGGCUUAAUGUGCAGGGAGAGAGAUUCAGGUUAGAUAUUAGGAAAGACUUUCGAACGCUAAGGACAGUUAAGCGCUGGAAUAGGCUUCCAAGGGAGGCUUUUAAAGACAGGUUGGACAAACACCACUCAGGGGUGAGCUAGGUUUACUUGGUCCUGCCUCAGAGCAGGGGGCUGGGCUCCAGGUCCCAUCCCGCCAUCGAUUUCUGAGGUGAGCUCCUAGGACUGGAUGGACGGUAGCUCUGUUUUGGCAUAGCCAGGAGACCCACUACCAAACUAGAUCAGCCACUGGGUUGGUCUGAUCUGGCCUGCCGCAGUGGGCUGAUCCUUACCUUGAUGAAAGCUUGAGCUGGUGUAAAAGACCAUUGGAAUUCCUCGCCUAGCGGUUGCACAGCCCAUGCCUUCUGGGGAGGUCCCUCAUGCCUGUUGGUUUAGCAUCACUGUCUUACCAGCCUGGACCUCUUAGCACGGGGGCGGAGAGCAGGCCGGGUCAAUCUCUCUGGAGCUACUACCUCUUUCACUUCAUUGCCUACGCUGCCGGCUGCAGUUGUCGGGGAAGGUUUUGUGUAACGUGAGGUUAGUCUGAGGCAUGAGUAUUGGAUGUUGUAGCCAGAAUUCAGCAUGCCUUAACAUGCUGGCUUUUCUAAUAGUGUCCACUAUUUAACUUUUUGCAUGUAAAAAAAACCACCUGUAUUUCUAUAA